AUGGCGAGUAAUUGUGAACUCACAGAUGAUGACUCCGUUAUUUCGGAAUCCUGCGAAAAUACUGCGGAACCAGAAGUUAUUGAUGAAUCUUGCUAUGAAUCAUCGUCAUCAAGUAAAAGUGCUAUUUUAACAAAAAAACAGAGUGUACCAAUGUUGUCAGAUGAUGAUGAUGAUGAUCAAUAUGUUGCAAAACCAAAAAGUAAAAAGAAAAACGUUAUUAUAUCUGAUUCGGAAGAUGAAAUGGAGGAAAUAGAGAAAAUGCAAAAGUCCAAUCCAGAAUCUGAUUCUGAUGAGGAGAAACUAGAAAUAGAUUAUGAUUCUGAGUCAAGUGAGAGCCUGCAUUCUAUAAAUUUUGAUGAUGAACCUUUACCAGAAAAUAUAAAGGGAAAUAGUGCUUCUGGUAGGAUUUCUAGUGUGCACAAUUUUGGUAACAAAGGGAGUAUUAUGAACAGCACAUUAAUAGGAGGAGAUGCAAAGAGCCCAAGAAAACUUAAUCCUUUAAAUGAAGAAAGCACAUUUGCAUUGUCCAGUACUAACAAUACAAUAAAUAUACAUAAUGUUGUGCCAAGUCCUAGAAAGUCCACUCCAAGGGGUUCAAGGGCACAAACUUCCAACAUAAAAUUAAAAGAGUCGAUGAUGACACCUAGAGCAGUAAAACAUGAUGUAUCUUCAAGAAGCCCAAGUCCUUCCUUGGACAAUGAUGAUAUAGUUGAUAUAAGCAGUGAUGAAGAUGUGCCUAUAACCCCGAAACCUCAACCUAAUCUAAAUAGAAUCACAAUGAAACAAACAACAUUGGAUUCAAUGGUUUCUGUGAAAUCAGAAGUUAAAGAAGACUUGAACACGAUCUCAUCGGACGGAAGCGCAUAUUCGUUGGACGUGACUCCAACGGAGUAUAUGGAGCAACGGAACAAGUUGCAAAAAAUUCAAUCGGAAUUGCUGAAAGCCAAAAACACGUUAAGAACCAUCAAUUUGAACGCCCUGCCCGACAAGGGAAAGCUCCUCCAGCAGAGGUACGCCACUCUCGAGCAAAUGUACGACAACGAGACGAAAAAGUUGGAAGUGAUGAACAUAUCCAAGGAGGACCCUCCAAGUCCCGACGUUUUGAAGCCGGUGGCUUGGGCCGACAUACAGGCCGGCGUUUCGGCCGUUCAGCCGAAAACUUUCGGGAAAAAAGCAAUGGCAACGUACAACGCCCAAAAGGCCCUGACGGUGGACAGACUCGCGCAGCUGCACGGCUCUUUGGAAAAGUGUCCCAAAGAGGAUACUUUGGCCGAAGAUCCGAAGGGCUUGAAGGUGGAGCUGAUGCCGCACCAGAAGAGGGCGCUGGCGUGGAUGAUGUUCCGAGAGAAGCAAAAGCCCUCUGGCGGCAUUCUGGCGGACGACAUGGGUCUGGGGAAAACCUUGACGAUGUUGUCGUUGAUGCUCAAGACCUUCGAGGUGGAGAAGAGGGAGGAUUCCGACGAAGACGACGAGGAGAACAGGGAAGAACGCGACAUGCCGCGAAGAACGAAAUUUAAAGGCGGCACUUUGGUGGUGUGCCCCGCCAGCCUUCUGAACCAGUGGUCGGGCGAGCUCGAGAACCGCAGCAAGCGCGGCCUGGCCUCCUACUACGUGUACCACGGCCCUAAGCGCGAGCGCAAAGCGAAACUCCUCAGCGACUACGACCUCGUCAUCACCACCUACUCGAUCGUGCAGAACGAGCACGACGGGGGCACGGUGUUCCGAGUGCGCUGGCGCCGCGUGAUCUUGGACGAGGCGCACCAGAUCAGGAACCACAAGUCGCUCACUUCGGUGGCGGUCUGCAAUCUGCCGGCAAAGUCCAGGUGGGCCUUGACCGGCACCCCCAUACACAACAAGGAGCUGGACAUGUUCGCCCUGCUCAAGUUUCUGAGGUGCUCGCCGUUCGACGACUUGCAGGUUUGGAGACGUUGGGUGGGGGACAAGUCCGUGGGCGGUCUCGAGCGCUUGCACACGGUGAUCUCCUCGCUGAUGCUGCGCAGGACCAAGGCGGAGUUGAUGGAGAAGGGCGCCCUGAACUGCAUGCCGGAGCGCAAGUGGGAGCUGAUCCCCGUCGAGCUGCUCAAGAACGAGCAGGAGGUGUACCACCGCGUCAACCUGUUCUCGCGCACGCUGUUCGCGCAGUUCCUGCACCAGCGCGCGCAGAAGAACCAGGACGUGUACGACGCCAACUACGCUAACGCGCCGAAUGCGAAGGGGCCGAACAACGAGUACUUUAAGAUGCGCGACAAGCUGCUGAAGAUGAACAAGAUUCAGGAGGUCAGUCAGCAUCAUAUUUUGGUGCUUUUGCUGAGGUUGAGGCAGAUUUGCUGCCAUCCUUCUCUUAUAACAGCGAUGUUGGACGAGACGGAAGAAUUGGGCGACGACGGGGAUGAAAUGAACGAUUUAAACUUGCUAGAUCAGCUGAGCAAAUUAAAUCUCGACGAAGAUGAAGACGCUUACAACCCCGACGCGACUCCUCCUGCAGGUGCUGGGGAAGAGGGGGGUCAGGACCUGAAACAAGCCACCAAAGGUUUCCUGAACCCCUCCAACCCAGUGUUUUCGCUCGAACACCAAAGCAGCAAAAUUAAAGUCGUUUUGGACACCCUGGAAAACAAAGUGUUGGGGGCUGGGGAUAAAGCGAUCAUCGUGUCCCAGUUCCCCUCGUUUCUGCGAAUUGUGGGCAGGUUUUUGAAGGAGAGGGGCAUCGAGUUCGACCAAUUGGAUGGCAGCAUCCCCGUCAACAAAAGAAUGGGGAUGGUGGACAAUUUCAACAACAAAAACCACAAGAUGCGGGUCCUGCUGCUUUCCCUCACAGCUGGGGGAGUAGGUUUGAACCUGAUUGGUGCCAAUCAUCUGUUUUUAUUGGACUUGCACUGGAAUCCGCAGCUGGAAAACCAAGCCCAGGACAGAAUAUACAGGGUGGGCCAAACCAAGCCGGUCUUUGUCUACAAGUUUAUAGCAACGGACACAAUAGAGGAGAGAAUUAAACAGUUGCAGGACAAAAAAUUGGACUGCGCCACCUCGAUGCUGACCGGCACUAAACAGGCCGGCUCGAGCAAACUGACUUUGCAAGAUAUCAAAAUGCUUUUCGAUAUGUGA